CUCUGUUCUCUCUGAACUAAACUCACUUGCCCACACUCACAGAUCCACAGCAACAAUAUUAAAACGCUUUCGUUCUUUCGUGCACUCGUCUUCAACGCGGCCUCGCCAUUGUAUCCAUCGUUCGCAUUACUGGCCACGCUCACUAGCACUCGAUCCGCUGAGAACCCACUCAGCUCUCUCUGACUCCUUUCCCUUGUAAACUGAGAAACCUUUCUGCUUCUCGUCAAGGUCGUUUGUCGCAGGUCACGAAUCAACCAGUUCACGAGCGCUCGUUUCUCAUCGAUUCAGUUUUCAUUCUUCCCUCAGAAUACUCUCCCGACAACUGCAGCCUUUCCCUCCCACCUCCUCAAAACAUUCAACCAUUAUGGAUGCCGCAUGGGGACCCCGCAAAACACCUCGUGUUCAGAGCGAGAAUGCACCAACAGCAGCGACAGGGAGUUCAAAGCUCGUUCAGCUGCAGCGUCAGAAUUUGUCCUUGGUGUCAACAACUUCGAUUUCUGCAUCCUCCUCGGCACCUCUUUCCGCAUCAAUCAUUUCCAGUACCAGCCAUACUAUCACCUCUGCGGACUUUAGCAAUACCAGCAAUAGUAACAUCAGAGUCGAAUCUGGGCAUGGAUCCAAAUCAGGAGUGCUGUCUGUUGCAGGGAACUCGAGCGGGUUGGCCGCCAUUUCAGGCUCGGGAUCUGGAUCUGGCUUAGGGCCAGGAGGAGGAGGCUCGCUGAGUGGAUCUGCAUCAGGAUCUGUGGGCAGCACGGCCUUGGGAUCGACGGGGAUCGUGUCACGGCACCCAUUGCACUUCAACUGGGUGUUUUGGUUCAUGCAUCGUGCUCCUGGCAGCAAGAUUCUGAACUAUGAGGGCGCGAUGAAAAAGAUUGCAACCUUUGGAUCGGCAGAAGAUUUUUGGGCAGUAUAUUCUCACUUGAAGCGACCGCAUGAGCUGCCGACUGUGAGCGAUUACCACCUGUUCAAGCAAGGUGUGCGUCCUGUAUGGGAGGAUGAAACCAAUAUCCACGGAGGGAAAUGGAUCGUGCGCCUGAAGAAGGGUCUGGCGAGCCGGUACUGGGAGGAUUUGGUGAUAGCAGUCAUUGGGGAUCAAUUUGAAGUUGGGACCGAGAUCUGUGGAGCCGUUCUGUCGAUCCGUGGAAGCGAGGACAUCCUGUCAUUAUGGAAUCAGUCGGCGCAUGAGGGGCGGAUCAAUCUGAAGAUCCGGGAUACGAUGAAACGAGUGCUAAACUUGCCUGCGGAUACAAUCAUGGAGUACAAGACCCAUAACGAUGCGCUGAAGGAUAACUCGAGCUUCAGGAAUACGGAUGUCUUUAGGUGAACGAACGAUAGUGCUAUCGAUCCACUCCAUCUUCUUCCAAUAAAGGUGAUCGUCUCUAAAAAAUU